UUAGCCAAAAUUACUUUUCAGAAAAUCUAGUUUACAACUUUACACUCACUAAGUUACCCUAUUCGUUGUCUUCAAAAAACAAAAAAAAAAAGUUAUUCUAUUUGUUUAACUAUCCAAGACUCGUGAGAGUGAAGUGUAGCUCAAGUAGUUAUAAGUCCUUAUAACUCUUUUUGGAUUCUAUGUAAUAUAACUAUAAAAAGAUCGAUUUUCAUUUAAAAAAAAAAAAAAAAAAAAGAACCAUCCAAAGACUCGUUGAACUAUCCAAGAUUCCAUUCCCUCGACUUUCUCUCUCCUACAGUAACAGUAAACCAUGAACUAUCUAUCCAUAUGUUCUAAUUAGGGUUUACAAUUAAUAUCAAUUAACACUAUGUAACUAUGUAGUUGCUUUUUUUCAGGAAAUUACAAGUAUUUUGAUGAGUUGCUGCUAAAAAUGACUACUUUAUAUGGGUUGCUGCUAAAUUCUUCCGUUUUGGGUCAUAAAAAUGGAAACUCAAUGCUUUCGUUUCGAUAUCGAUUGUCUACUGAAGUCAAUUCUAGAGACUUGAUUGCUUGUAAUUUUGUACCAAAAUGGAAUUUAAGGUCAGAGAUCAAUUAUUCAAACAAGAGGCAGAUUCGACCUCGGUUUUCGAUGUCUAGGGGAGGAAGUUAUGGAUUAAAGUUUGAUGAUGAGAGUGAUGAGAACCCAUUUUGGGUGCAAUUUUCUAAGGAAACAAUCAGGGGUUUGAAGUCAUUGCUUGCUCAACAACCUGGCAGCUGAAGUACAUAGAAUGGUCGAGUUUUCAGGACACGGUACCGCCUUUGCCUAACUUUUGGAUGCAUAUUUGUUUAUGUGUAUUGCAAUAUUAUGCUGCUGUUGAUUAAUGUAAGCCUUUUCCAGGUUGAAAUAAUUCCUGUCUAAACUUCAAAUACUUGUAUAUGCUUGUGAAAACAUGCUACUAGAGUUCUGAUUGGACUUG